GAUAUAUGAAAGAAAACUGUUCACAAUUCGUAUAUAGCGUAAUAAUGUUAAUUUAAAAUAAGCACACUGUAGUCUCAAGAAUUGUUUUGUAGAAUAUAUUAUUACUCAAUGCGCCUUGAGAAGUCUAAAAACCCAUUCACGAUAAGCUUGAACGUAAAUUUCCUCUACCAACUAUUACAUUAUGGUCAAACCCAAUUAAGAUCUUGAAAAGAACGAACGGGGUUCUAAGAGUUUAUUAACGUUAAAAGAUUCAUAAAUAAAUAUUUUUACUUAAACUCACCUGUUAAAAUACUUACCCUUGAACGAAUUCAUAAGUGUUUGGUAAAAGUGAGAAACGUAAGAAAUGUUUAAUGGCAAAAGUUUGUUUUUGUUAAUCAGUCUCACCAUAAAUUAUGUUGCUCCAGGUAUCAACAUUAAUCCGGAAAUAUGCAAAUCCGGAGCAAAAUGUAUGAUUCUAGAAGAUUGCGUUGACCUUUACGAAAGAUUCAAUGAAGGGACUUCCGCUAUUUAUAUUAAGUUAUUUCAAAAGUUACAAUGCGGUUUCAAUGGUAACCAAUCAAAGAUUUGCUGUCCACCAAAUUUUCUAACCUCUGUUGGUGAUACGUCAAAUAUAAAUCAAACAAAUAAAUUAAAGAUCUUGCCUAAUAACACUGUUUGUGGCAUUGACACUAAAAUUAUAAAUAGGAUUUCCGGGGGGGAGGAAACUGAAAUCGGUGAACAUCCUUGGCUGGCGUUAUUGAAUUAUGGCCCACCUUCGACUAAUAGUUUUUAUUGUAGUGGAGUCCUGAUAUCCUCAAGAUAUGUCAUGACCGCAGCACACUGCGUGAAGCGCACUUUGGAGGAUGUCACAGUUUCUCAGGUGCGACUUGGUGAAUGGGACUUGUUAAGGAAUACGGACUGCUCGAAGAAUUACUGCAGUUCUGAUGCAAUAGACGUCGAUGUAGAAGAAGUUGUGGUCCACGAGAACUUCAUUAUCGGAGAUCCCUCAUUUCACCAUGAUAUUGCUCUUCUGAGAUUAGCCCAAGAUGUAACUUUCAGUGAUUUCAUUAGGCCGAUCUGUCUUCCUAUAGAUACGGAAAUAAGGGAAAAUAAUUUUGAACAUUCAGUUUAUGCGGAAAUAGCGGGUUGGGGUCAAAAUGAAUAUAGUUCAUUUUCAGAAAAGAAACUCAAGGCUAAAGUUUCUGUCGUAAACUUAGAAACAUGCAAAAAAGUAUAUGCCUAUGGUAAGCACGUCAUAACUAAUAAUCAUAUCUGUGCCGGUGGCGAGAGAGGCAAAGAUAUCUGUGAUGGAGAUUCUGGUGGUCCACUCAUGGUUCAAGUUCAGGAUAAGAGAAUUUGGAUGGCUGUUGGUGUGUCAUCCUUUGGCCCAGCGACUUGUGGUGUAGAAGGAUGGCCUAGCGUGUUCACCAGAGUGACGUCUUAUAUACCCUGGAUAUUAUCUAAGAUACGACCUUGAAAGUCAUUUCCGAAGACCAUUUCUUCAUCAUAAUUUAGAUUCAAACCCUAAGCAUUAUUGUUGAAGUAUAACUUAUACCCUUUUUAUAUGAGUAGGCAUACACAAAUUAUGAUGGACCUAUUAUGUGGUUGAAGAUCCUUGUAUAUACUGUAAUGAAUGUAAUAAAAAUUUAUAUUUAUAUGUAACAGUUCUUAAUAAAACAUGUAUUUAAUAGUAA